UAUGAAGGAGUCGAUAAUGCUCUGGACUAUAGUCAACGAGAGUCACGAAGAGGGUACUGGGAUAUCGUGUGGCAAAGGCCAGGCCAAGCUGAUAUUUUCACUAUUAUCGAAGGAACAAGCUUCAAAGUUAUGGCCCAAAAUGAGAAUCAAAUUGAGGUUUCCUUCAAGAUGAUUUAUGAUGCUGCCCAUGAUCAAAGUGGUUCAGCUCUACCCCUAAACAUUGACAAAAGGUUUGUAAUGCUGCGUGGCCAACCUGGAUUCUACUCUUAUGCCAUAUUUGAACGCUCGAAUGGAUGGCCGGGAGUUGAUAUCAGUGAAUUAAGGAUUGCACUCAAGCUUGACCACAGACGGUUCAACUACAUGGCCGUAGCGGACAAUAUACAAAGGGUCAUGCCAACGGCCAGUGAUAGAACAAAUGGUCAACCUCUUGCCUAUCCUGAGGCUGUUUUUUUGACAAAUCCGACCAAUUUAACUUUCAAGGGACAGGUAGAUGAUAAGUAUGAAUACUCAAAAGACAACAAGGACAAUCAUGUACAUGGCUGGAUAACCUCUGAUUCCCAAGUGGGAUUUUGGAUGAUAAUCCCCAGUUAUGAGUUCAAAACUGGUGGCCCUAUAAAACGAGAACUAACAUCCCAUGUUGGACCGACCACCUUAGCGGCAUUUCACUCCCGGCAUUAUGCUGGUGCCACCUUGAAAGGACUAAAGUUUGUCGAUGGAGAGCCGUGGAAAAAGGUUUUUGGACCUGUUUUUGUAUAUCUGAAUUCCAAUUCAGACAGCCCUACAUCAUUCUCUCUUUGGGAAGACGCAAAACAUCAGUCAGUAAAAGAAGCACGGAAAUGGCCAUACGAUUUCCCAGCAUCAGACGAUUAUCCUCAUGCCACUCAAAGGGCCACGGUUAGGGGUCAUCUAAAGGUCCACGAUAGAUACUUGGAACGAUCGCCUUUUCCUGCCAAAUCUGCAUAUGUGGGAUUAGCUCCGCCAGGAGCUCCGGGGUCAUGGCAACUAAAUGCCAAGGGUUAUCAAUUUUGGACUCAAACUGAUGAUUGUGGUCAUUUCACCAUAAGAGGCAUUCGCCCGGGCAAAUACAACUUGUAUGCUUGGGUACCCGGAAUUAUGGGCGAUUAUAAGUCUGAUUUAGAUAUUAACCUCAGGCCAGGAGAGUACAAACUAGGAGAAUUCGUGUUUACGCCUCCUAGAAAUGGUCCAACAAUUUGGGAAAUUGGCAUUCCUGACCGUACAGCUGCUGAGUUCUAUGUGCCUGAUGGAAAUCCACGACUCGAAAAUCCUUUAUUCAUCAACCAUCCUGAAAAGUAUAGGCAAUAUGGGUUGUGGGAACGUUAUACAGACUUAUACCCUGAUCAUGACCUAGUUUUCAGAGUUGGAGUUAGCGAUUAUCGAAAGGACUGGUUCUUUGCUCAUGUAACAAGGAGAAGCGAAGAUAAUUCACGUCUACCUACAACUUGGCAAAUUUCAUUCGACCUCAGACAGGUCCUUCCAAAGGCAAUCUACACCCUCCAAUUGGCUCUGGCAUCUUCCGCGGGUGCUGAAGUGCAGGUUAGGGUCAACGAUCCAAAUGCAAGUUCUCCUCAAUUUUCUACAGGGCUAAUUGGGAAGGAUAAUGCAAUUGCAAGACAUGGAAUUCAUGGGUUGUAUCAGCUCUUUAGUGUUAAUAUACCAGGCAACAGGCUUGUAUCAGGAACGAACACAAUCUUCCUGAGGCAGUCAAGGGGUGGAUAUAUAUUCAGCGGGGUCAUGUAUGAUUAUCUUCGUCUGGAAGGACCAGCAGUAUAAACAAUUAUGGGUUGAAGUCCUUAAGUUACUUUAGUAGGAAUUAGGAAAUCAGGAUUCAUUAGUUUGAUAGUUUAGGAUUCUUUUAUUUCUUGGUUUUUGAGUAUAGCUAUUUAGGAAAUUGUAGCUCAAAAUCUCAAGGCUCCCAAAGAGGGAAGGUAUGACGCAUUCAUUUAUUUCUUGGCACGACAACAAUUCGUGCACUUAUACACUCAGUGAUCAGCAAUGUAGUGUGCUCUGCAAUCUCAAUUGUACGAUAGAUAUUUAGCAAUAAAAAUUCC